UUGCAUUUUGAGCCUCAGAAGAUCUGAUAAGAAUGAAGAAAUGGGCUAACUUAGACUCAAGGGAGUCUGAGGACACGCCACAAGAAAACUCCUACCCAGACCCCCCAAAUGGAGACCCCAACUGCAAGUCACCUCCAGCCAAACCCCACAUCUCCACAGCCAAGAGCCAUACCCGGCUCUCUGGGAAGGGUGAGUCGGGGGAGGCGUUGCUUAUGGAUUGCUCUUACAAGGAAGGCAAGCUGAACUCUUGCCCAACCAUCACAGUCAGCUCUGCUGCCACCAUCCUUAGGCCUGGCGAUGGUCCUGCCUGCAUCACACAAUCAUCCCAGGACCCUGUCCCCACUAGUGUGGAGAAGCCCCUCAAGCUCUAUGACCGCAGAAGCAUCUUUGAUGCUGUUGCUCAGAGUAACUGCCAGGAGCUGGAGAGCCUGCUGCCCUUUCUUCAGAAGAGCAAGAAGCGCCUCACUGACAGCGAGUUCAAAGACCCUGAGACAGGGAAGACCUGUCUACUAAAAGCCAUGCUCAACCUGCACAACGGGCAGAAUGACACCAUCUCUUUGCUCCUGGACAUUGCCCAGCAGACAGGCAGCCUAGAUGAGUUUGUCAAUGCCAGUUAUACAGACAGCUACUAUAAGGGCCAGACUGCGCUGCACAUUGCCAUUGAGAGACGCAACAUGGCACUGGUGACCCUCCUUGUGGAGAAUGGAGCAGAUGUCCAGGCAGCAGCCAAUGGGGAUUUCUUUAAGAAGACCAAAGGGCGACCUGGUUUCUACUUUGGUGAGCUUCCCCUCUCCCUGGCAGCAUGCACUAACCAGCUGGCCAUCGUGAAGUUUCUGCUGCAGAACUCCUGGCAGCCGGCAGACAUCAGUGCCAGGGACUCGGUUGGCAACACAGUUCUGCAUGCCCUGGUGGAGGUGGCGGACAACACAACUGACAACACCAAGUUUGUGACGAGCAUGUACAAUGAGAUUCUGAUUCUGGGGGCUAAGCUCCAUCCCACGCUGAAGUUGGAGGAGCUCACAAACAAGAAGGGGCUCACACCACUGGCUCUGGCUGCUAGCAGUGGGAAGAUUGGGGUCUUGGCCUAUAUUCUUCAAAGAGAGAUCCAUGAGCCUGAGUGCCGGCACCUGUCCAGGAAGUUUACCGAGUGGGCCUAUGGGCCUGUGCAUUCCUCACUGUAUGACCUGUCCUGCAUCGACACCUGUGAGAAGAACUCAGUGCUGGAGGUGAUCGCCUACAGCAGCAGUGAGACCCCUAAUCGCCAUGACAUGCUCCUGGUAGAGCCCCUGAACCGACUCUUGCAGGACAAAUGGGAUAGAUUUGUCAAGCGUAUCUUCUAUUUCAACUUCUUCAUCUACUGCCUGUAUAUGAUCAUCUUCACUACGGCUGCGUACUACAGGCCUGUGCAUGGCUUGCCUCCUUAUGAAAUGAAAAACACUGUUGGAGACUAUUUCCGAGUCACUGGAGAGAUUCUGUCAGUGUCUGGGGGCGUCUAUUUCUUUUUCAGAGGUAUUCAGUAUUUCCUACAGAGACGACCAUCAAUCAAGACCUUAUUUGUGGACAGCUACAGUGAGAUGCUUUUCUUUGUGCAGUCACUGUUCAUGCUGGCAUCUGUGGUGCUGUACUUCUGUCACCACAAGGAGUACGUGGCCUCCAUGGUAUUCUCCCUGGCCAUGGGCUGGACCAACAUGCUCUACUAUACACGAGGCUUCCAGCAGAUGGGCAUCUAUGCUGUCAUGAUUGAGAAGAUGAUCCUGAGAGACCUGUGUCGCUUCAUGUUUGUCUAUCUUGUUUUCUUGUUUGGGUUUUCCACAGCGGUGGUGACAUUGAUUGAGGAUGGGAAGAAUGACUCUGUGCUGGCUGAACCCACAUUGCAAAGCAGGCGGGGUCCAGGCUGUAAGGUACAACCACCUGACAACUACAACAGCCUGUACUUCACGUGUCUGGAGCUGUUCAAAUUCACCAUUGGCAUGGGUGACCUGGAGUUCACUGAAAACUAUGACUUCAAGGCUGUAUUCAUCAUCCUGUUACUAGCAUAUGUGAUUCUCACCUACAUCCUCCUGCUCAACAUGCUCAUUGCCCUCAUGGGAGAGACUGUCAACAAAAUUGCACAGGAGAGCAAGAACAUCUGGAAGCUUCAGAGAGCUAUCACUAUCCUGGACACAGAAAAGAGCUUCCUGAAGUGCAUGAGGAAGGCCUUCCGCUCCGGCAAGCUGCUGCAGGUGGGGUUUACUCCGGAUGGCAAGGACGACUACAGGUGGUGUUUUAGGGUGGAUGAGGUGAACUGGACCACCUGGAACACCAAUGUGGGCAUCAUCAAUGAGGACCCAGGCAACUGUGAGGGCGUCAAACGCACCCUGAGCUUCUCCUUGAGGUCAGGCAGAGUUUCAGGGAGAAACUGGAAGAACUUUGCCCUGGUUCCUCUUUUGAGAGAUGUGAACACUCGAGAAAGGCACCCUGCACAGCCUGAGGAAGUUCAUCUGAAGCAUUUUACAGGGUCCCUUAAACCAGAGGAUGCUGAGGUCUCCAAGGAUUCUGUGGCUCCAGGGGAGAAGUGAGGGAUGCCAUGCAGAGUGCCCCCGAGGCUGGGCCUUUGAGUGCCACACUGCCAUUGUGAGCUGCUGAGGGAACACCAGUGCCCUGUGUGUAGCCUGCCAGCCUGCCUGGGCCUGUGCCCGAUACUGCGUUGACUGGGGUCGAGUCCAUGGGAAGAUUCCAGCCACCCGUCUCCAGGUGAAUAUCUUCAAACAAGAAAUGACCUGCCUUUCAACUUUUUACUGACUGCAACACAUGUUUGGUUUUUAUAUUACUGGAGUACAAGUAUAUGAAGCUUAUGAAAACACUUCUCAGAACAAAACAUUUCCUUUGAUGUCAAAACCAUUUGUAUUUGUAUUGUGCCCAAUGUCUUACCUGCCUUGAAUGGUUUAUCAUUUGCUCCCAGAGAAGGUGGGGAAGACUGGUCUCACUCCAAGCUCUGGAAGAAUCAAGUUUUCCCAAGAGUGAUUUUGGUGUGAAAUAGGAAAGUCCCCCAGAUAUUAGCUCUAUUGCUAUUUAGAUAAAAGUUCAGAACUGUAUCUAAGUGAUAUGGUAAAAAUUUUAUCAAUGAACUUCAAUUGGUAGUAACUAGAAAUAACCCUGUUCCCCUUCAGGACUAAACUCUUUCACCCUCAUCUAGUUUGUCAUCCUUAAAAAUAAAUAAAAGUAUGUAUAUAUACACACAUGUA